CAACUAAAAAGAAUAAGAGAGGUGAUGCAAAAGUUUUUUUUUCGUAAAAAUUAUAAAAAUAGUGAAUUGUGAUGAUGAAUGAAAUUUGCAAAAUAUUUGCAUUCUCAGCCUAGAGAACUUGGUGAAGUGUCGGGUCAUUGUGAAUAAUCGAAGGCAACCGAGGAAAAAUAGGUUUGUUUGCUGCACAAAAGAAAAAGAAGAAAAUCUCCACGGAGCACGACCUACUAUGUGAGGUGUAUGCAUGGCUGUGCUGUAAAUCCAAUCCAAGCAACCGUGAAAGAAUAGCGGAUGCACAACACCACUUUUCGGGGGAAGUCGACGAAUCAAGCAAAGGUGAAGAGUUUGUGGCAUUAUUCGAUAGUGGCCGAAGAAGAGUACAAAAAAUUGGCCACUGUUUGAUGGUGGUAGCCCAUUUCUCGCGUAUUGUGUAUGGUGCAGAGCAGCAGGAAGCAUCACAUACAUACGCAUAAGCAAGGAGGGAGUGUUGAUUGGGUGAGAUUUGCUACAAUAAAUCAGGUUUUGCAGCCAGUCAACCCACCUCCAAUGGCAGUCGAAUCAAACGCAACAGUACAACGCUGAGGUUGCGACGACGACUUCAAAGAUGUAGAACAUAGUGUUUAGGGCGGGUUUCUGGAGCGAGGUCUGGAAUGCAAAAUGCAUUGAAAUUGUCUAUUUGUCGGAAUACAUAUACAGCGCAAGUGAUAAAUUAUAAGGUUGAUGGCUGGCUUAUACUACGGGGAAAAUGUACUAGCCGCAGGCCAUCGGAGUAGUGAUUAAACAAAAACUGGCACGAUUGCAGUUGAAGGAGAGGGGCAGUGGUUGGAUACUACAGAAGAAAUCAAGCACAGGAAAAAAUAUACACAACACAAAGCCACCAGCGAAGGAGACUGUGCAAGAGAAUUAGUUCCUUGUGCGGGCGGGACCUGAAUGCUGAAAGCCCAACUCGAGACAACAUUUGCAACAAUAAUCUAUGGAUGAAUAUUCAUACGGUGUCGAUUCAAAUUUGAGAAUAAAAUUCCGUGACCUUCCCUGACUUUCCAGUCAAUUUCUCGAAAAAAAAUCCAGGUGUAUCAUUCGAGGCGAAUGCAUCACCCCAGCAGCAGUGCCGGAGCCAGCGGUCAUCCUCAGCGAGACUGGGUUCUGAAGCGCAAUUAGACGACUCAGUUUGAACCGUGAUCGUGCUCGGUGAAGUUAACGGCACAGUCAUGUCCGGUGGAAAGGAUCGUCGAUCGCGGGCCAGCAAAACCCAAGGCUGGGAGGAAGCCGGCGGCGAGUUCUACCAGGAAAGCUACCCGGCCGAUCUGGAGGGUAUGCAGCGGGACCCGUCCAAGAUUGCGACCCUGUUGCCGUCGAAGCAGACCCGAAAUGCUACAACUCGUCGAGUACGGCCCUCCCAACAGGAUACCAAGGGAACUCGGAGGAGGACCAGCUUUUCAACGGUGGCUCGGCGCGGCUCGCAAUACCAUGAGAUUCAAGUGGCUACGCUUCCAGAUUUAUCAGAGAACCUUAUUAACGAGGAACGCACUUGGGAGGAGAUUCAAGAGAUUAAAUCCAUGCCGGUGCCAAUGUCACAGAAACGAGAAAUGAAAGCUCAAUUACAGAAUGCCACCAAGCUUCGGCUGCAAGGCUUUGAACAGAUCAAGUGGCGACGACGGAAAGCGUGGCAAAGCAUUCGUGCCAAGUGGAGCGAGUACCGCACCAAGCUGGAACUGUGGCGCAUGUCACUGAAAACCAUUGAAGGGAACUUCGGCACCGGUGUGGUGGCGUACUUUCUCUUUCUACGGUGGUUGAUGUUCUUGAACCUGCUCGUAUUCGGGCUGGUAUCGGCGUUUAUAGUGUUGCCCCAUCUGGUACUGCGGGAACCACAGGAUCUACCCUGCGAGCAACAGGUUGACGCCACGUCCGUUCAGUGUUGCUCGGAGUCGUAUGUCAAUGCUACAAAACGCGUUGAGUUCGCCGUGCUUGACGUGAUACAGGGCACGGGGUUCAUGGAGGGGACAUUACUGUUUUAUGGAAUGUAUACAAACAUGAUCUAUGGAUACAGUCCGAUGGAAGAUCAGAGGGCAGCGGCUCCUGCGCGGAUGGAGGUGCUUACCACAACGACUACCGCUAGUAGUACGACCAUUAGUAGUAGCAGUAGUGUUAGUAUUAGUAGUAGUAGCAGUACAUCUAGUACUUCAUUGGCUAGUACAACGCCGCUUAGUGCGGUAGCAGAGGUUAAGAAUAGUAACUUUAGUAGUCUCAAUGGCAGCUAUUUUGAAGGAUUAAUAAUGGAAAUGGGAGAAGCUAUUGACCAAAGUGCAACGGAGGAAAGCUCUGGUACCGUUCUGUACUAUGAUUUUCCCUUGGUUUACGUAAUAAUUACAGCAAUCUGCUACGUUGUGGCUCUAAUUGCCAUGAUGAAGGCUGUGGUGCGGCAAUUCAAGGAUCGAAUUGCUGAGGGCGAAGGACUGUUCUAUCAGUACUGUAAUCUAAUCUUCGGAGGCUGGGAUUUUUGUAUCCAUAACGAAAAAUCCGCAGAUAUUAAACAUAAGGCACUUUACCAUGAGAUUCGAUCACUGCUUCAUACGAAGCGUUUCGAAAAUGAGCGUAUCAAUCGCUCUAAGGAUUUCAUGGUUAAAUUGAUUACUGUCCGGUUUAUUAUAAAUUUGAUAGUAUUUGUGAUAUUAACAAUAGCCGUCGUAAUUAUAUAUGUGCUAUUCAACGUAUCUAUGUCCAAAUUGGAUCCCAACUUUCAGAAUAACCACCUAAUCAAUUUCCCGCGAGGGUCAUCGUGGUCGCCCUCGUUCCAUUCGUUCGGUUACUCUGCCACCGUGGCUGUGCCAUCAACUAGUUCGACUUCUUCGUACUAUAUGAUCUCGCGAGACGGAGCGGCUUCGUCCUCGCCAACGACUCCUGAAGAACCGGAAUAUAAUCUUACUAAACGUUUAGAAGUGCUACUUUACGAGUUCUUGCCCUACAUCGCAAUCGUUUGUAUGAACUUGGUUGUUCCUUUGUUUUUCAAUUAUUUGGUGCAAUUCGAAAAAUAUUCUCCUCUUUUUGUAAUCAAAAUUACUCUCUUCCGAACGGUCUUUCUUAGGUUGUCUUCGCUUGCCGUACUGCUCUGGCGAUUCUACUUUCUCGUGAAACCUAAAAUUCACCAAACCAUGGUUCAAACCAACGGGACUGAUACCCUAACGAAUUACACAUUGGAAAUGUCCAACGACACAUUCAACGAGCAGUGCUACGACAUGGAACGAGGAACUCCCCAAUGCUGGGAAACCUUCGUGGGACAACAAUUUUACAAACUGUUUAUCGUUGAUUUUGUCACGCAUUUCCUGGUGACGUUCUUCGUUAACUUCCCGCGGGCAUUGUUUGCGCGACAUUUCACUAGUCGCUUCGCCAAAUUUGUUGGUGAGCAAGAGUUCGAGCUUUCCAAGCAUGUACUGGAUGUGAUCUACUCACAGACUCUCUGUUGGAUGGGCACCUUUUACACGCCCUUCCUCCCAGCUAUCGCCGCUGUUUUGUUCUUUCUGAUGUUCUACAUCAAGAAGUUCGCCUGUCUAGUCAACUCGAAUCCUUCGACGAUGUUGUAUCGAGCUUCUCGUUCGAACUCGCUCUUCAUGUCGACCUUGCUGAUCUCAUUCACCGUCGCCAUCAUUCCGGUGGUGUACGCGUGGGCCGAAAUCAUUCCCUCCCGGUCGUGUGGACCAUUCAGGGGUCUUCCCACUGUGUGGGAUCGUGCCAUCAACGCAUUCAUGAAGAUGCCUUUUUUCUUCCAGAAUGUUAUCUUCUACUUCGGUACUGCCUCGUUUGCCAUACCCUGCUUUGUAGUGCUAACCUUUUUCAUCUACUACUAUUACGCCGUUUCAACGGCAAAUCGCCACAUGGUAUCGGUGCUCAAGCAUCAGUUGGUGUUAGAAGGGCACGACAAGCAAUUCCUUCUCAGCAGGUUGAGCUUGUUUAUCAAGCAACAGCAAGAAUACCAGAAACGUAUGAUGCGUCAAGCGGCCGAACAGCAGCAGCAUCACCAGGGUAGCAACAAUGUCCAAUCUGCACCUCCGGUGGCACCGCCGAAACCACCGCCAAAGCAAGAUGAACAGCAACCUCCUCUGCCGCCCAGAGCCGAUCGUGACUCUAAACCGAGCAGUCGAGAUAGGGACCGGGACCGAAAAGAUGGCUCCGGUGGAGAGAUCAAGUAAGUUGGAAAUUGGAAAGAUAAUGCAAUUGCUUUUAUGGAUCAAAGUCAGGUCUACACGACCCGGAUUUUUCAAUGAGUUCGCUCUUUCUGAGUGCGUGACUUACAAGCAGAGUGUCCAUUACGCGAUUAAAAAAACUACACAAAAAGUUCUUAAAGACUACAUUUAUUUUUGUAGGACUAAAAGUGGUAUAAUCAUGUGUAAAACGACACUUUCCUCCUAUUUCUAAUUUCAACGACAGUUAAUUUUAAAAACUUUCUGAUUUCUUUGCCAAAUGAAAGCCCCCUCAAUUUUAAAUUCUUGAUCCUCAAAGAAUAGACUGUUUUUAAUUGAAUGAGAUUAUUUAUUCGCAUUUCCUUAUUAAGAACCUCGGUUAGAUAAAUGUAAAUACAAAAAUCACAUAGAAAAUUCUGCGAAGUAGAAACCAAACCGCGAAAAUCGUGAUAUUAUAUUCCACCGCUUACGGUCUAGUGUAAAUAAAAUACAUGAAUUUGUAUAUUUAUUCCUAGAACUAUAAAUAAACGGCUAGCAAAGAUGCCCAAAACGAUCGAUCAAAAUGCACUACUCAUUCAAAUAUCUGGAAUGUAAUGCGUCGCGCAAACAUUUGAAGGAGUAACACUAUCUUGUUUAUUUGUUCAAAAAUGCCGUGCUUCAGAAGUACGACCACCAAUGAUUUGGUAAUGUGAUGGCGGUAGAAAAUUAACGAUUCAAACCGAAAUUACGUCAUUUCUACGCAAGAAGUAUAGUUCAAUGUAAGCUGCACGGUAGUUCAAUUAUCACCUAUACAAGAAUAUGAUCCGAUAUUUAUUAUUUCUCUGUGUGCUUCUGACUUAUCUAGAAAAAAAAGAUAAUUGUGGAAUAGAUAAAUUAAUUCAUUUUAAUCCAACACAAAAGUCAAAACACAAUAAGGACACAGGAAUGAGACUGCCAUUUUGAGCUAGUUUGUAUAGUCAUAUAGUUUUGAGAGGACGAGAAAAACUAAACACUCAUAAAAAUCAUGUAUAUAGAGAAUCAUAUGAACAAAUACUACUCAAUCAACAAUAUCCGUCAACAAUGCAAACGAUCAUUACAAAAUUAUUCAUUGUAUGGAGAUUUAUUCAUAACCACAGAGCGGAGAAGCAUACGUAUAUAGCAUUAAAAAAACAAAUGAUUUUUCAAGUAUUUGGAUCACAUACCUUUCACUUGCUCUUUGUCAUUAACUUGAGAUUUAUAAUUGUGCAUGAUGAAAAAAAUGGUUAUCGGGAAAUGACGGAUCAGACAACCAAGCCGCCGUACUAUUUGUAUACAUUAAAUGCAUUUUAAAAGAAGCCAUAAUUUCACCAAUAUACAGAUGCAAGUUAUAUUACGCAAUAUCCUGCUAUUGUGGAACAGAUUAUCCCUUACAUCUGAAUACUUUACCCUUUCAUUAAAGAUCGCUGUUUUCUUUUGUCGUGAUUCGUUGAUCAGGAACUCUCCAUUCCAAGUCGAAUGUCGUAAUGUAUCCUCCUCAACCGAUAAUCCAGAAGACUGUUAUUCCUCUUUUACCAACAUCCGUACAACUGCUAGCAUAGUCCAUGGAUCAACGAAUAUGAUCGACGAAAUUUAACGGCUUUGUGCGGUUUGUAUUUCGAUGUUUUGUAUAAAAACAUACCCAUUGAACUAAAACCGAAAACCAGAAAUUCCCUAUUUAGGGAAUGCUAUGAAAAUAAUCAUCAUUUGUAUGGAACGAAUAAAUAUUGAAAUAAGAAAGCGAA